CAGAAGAAGAACUCCCGGAGGACCUCCACACACCACAGAAGAAGAAGAACCAGGAAGCUAAGGUCGGUGGAGAGGAUCGACCAGAUGGAGGGUGAGUCAGGUGACAUCAAGAUGAACUCAGCAAACAGGAAGUGCUCUGCUGUCACAGGAAGUGCUAGAAAGAUCAAAGAUAACGUGGCCGACUGGCACAACCUGAUGCUGAGGUGGGAGAAGCUCAACGAGAACGGAUUCUGUGUCGCAGCGAAUAUCGUCAACAUCAAACUGUCUCGGAACAAACAGCAGCAGCUCGUGGAUGAGCCUUCCUCGUCUUCCUCAUCUUCAUCACCUCCAGCUUUGGAGCUGCAGGAAGAAAGCAGCAAACUUCAUGACAUCGUCGUCAAAAUGGUUGCCAUGGUGACAAAGAUGGAGCGUCUGAUGACAUCACAGCGAGGCAUCCGGGAUCUGGAGGAAUUUCAGUUUGGACCCGAAGGAAGAACAUGUCCUCUAUUUCACACGUGGAACACGGAACAGUUUGAAUCCUCCUCUGGCUUCCUGUGGGAAGCCUUCAGUCAGGAGCUGAAGUUAAAGCAGGCCGUCCUGCAGGAAGUCGCUCACACUACAGACCCGGACCUGGACAUGGUCUUCCUGUCCUGCUGGCUACAUCAGCCCUACACCCCCCCCCAGACCCGACAGACCCUGGAGGCUCUGCUGCUGGAGACUGGACACCGCCCACUGUGAUGUCAUCACCUCCAGGUGUUAGCGUAGAUGUGUGAAACAAUAACCGUGUUAAUAAAGUUCUAUUUAUUCAGUUA